UGUAAUUACUCAUUUCUAGUGCCUAAAUCUAGUGGCAGGCAUAUUUGCUAUCUCAUCCUCCGCAUUCUCCUUGCACUUUACACGGGCAUACUUAUAAGCAGCAUGCAGCGGAGUCUGGGUUUUUUGUCAGGCAUCUGAAGCAUGAGGGUGACUGAGCACAGGCAUCCAUCCAAUCCGCAGAAUUGAAGAGAAAUGAGGAAUGAGAUAAAUGCUCACCGAACUCCAUUAAAAAGUCCUUGUAGGCUCCAAAGACCAUUAAAGAGCAGUUGCAGCAGCUUAUAAGGUUGGGUGCUCAUACAAGCUAAUGGGAGUGAAGGAGGAAAAAGAUGGGUUGUUUUUGCUGGUCUUCCUGUGGUCUUUGGUGUCUGCAACUGCUCUGCUAUCCCCCAAAGGAGUUAACUUUGAAGUGCAAGCUUUGAUGGGCAUUAAGGCUUCCUUGAAAGAUCCUCAUGGUGUUCUUCAAAAUUGGGAUAAGGACUCAGUUGAUCCAUGUAGCUGGACAAUGGUCACUUGUUCAUCUGAGAACCUUGUCAUUGGCCUAGGAACACCAAGUCAGAGUCUCUCUGGUUCCCUUUCUUCAAGCAUAGGGAAUUUGACUAACCUCGAGAUAGUGCUGUUGCAGAACAAUGAGAUCUCAGGAUCCAUUCCUGAAGAGAUUGGGAAACUGGUGAUGCUUCGCACCUUGGAUCUCUCCUGCAAUAACCUCUCUGGUGAAAUCCCAACAUCACUUGGAGAGCUAAGAAGCCUUCAAUACCUGAGGCUAAACAAUAACAGUUUUUAUGGGCCAUUCCCUCAGAAAUUAGAUAACAUCACAGAGCUAUCCUUCCUGGACUUGUCAUAUAACAAUUUGAGUGGUCCAAUACCAAAGUUCCCUGCAAGGACAUUCAACAUAGUGGGGAAUCCUCUCAUCUGUGCAUCUGGUUCAGAGAAAGAAUGCUACGGAAUGAUGCCCACGCCAAUUUCCUUCAAUCUCAAUAAUUCACAAUUUUCUUCAAAACCAGGAAGGUCCAAAGGUCACAAAGUUGUUCUUGCAUUUGGGCUUAGCUGUGGAUUAAUAUCUUUGAUUAUUCUAGCAUUGGGGCAUUUUCUAUGGUGGAGGCAUAAAUGCCAACAGCAAAUAUUCUUUGAUGUGAAUGAUCAACGAACCGAGCGAAACGAUGAGGCCGGCCUUGGAAAUUUGAAAAUGUUUCAAUUCAGGGAGCUUCAGAUUGCCACAAAUAACUUUAAUAGCAAGAACAUAUUGGGAAAAGGAGGAUUUGGAAAUGUCUAUAGAGGCCAGCUCCAGGAUGGAAGUUUUGUGGCUGUGAAGAGGUUAAAAGAUGGAAAUGCUGCAGGCGGAGAGAUUCAGUUUCGGACUGAGGUUGAGAUGAUAAGUUUAGCUGUUCAUAGGAAUCUAUUGAAGCUGUAUGGUUUCUGCGUCACUCCCACUGAAAGGCUUCUUGUUUACCCCUACAUGUCUAAUGGUAGUCUUGCUUCAAGACUAAAAGUGAAACCAGCACUGAACUGGGGCACAAGAAAGAAAAUAGCUCUAGGAGCUGGAAGAGGACUCUUGUAUCUACAUGAGCAGUGUGAUCCCAAGAUAAUUCACAGGGAUGUGAAGGCAGCAAACAUAUUGCUUGACGAAGACUGUGAGGCGGUGGUCGGAGAUUUCGGCCUCGCAAAGCUUCUGGAUCACCAGGACUCUCAUGUCACCACAGCUGUGCGAGGCACAGUCGGCCACAUUGCUCCUGAGUACCUCUCCACAGGCCAGUCCUCUGAGAAGACUGAUGUGUUUGGUUUUGGUAUCCUCUUACUUGAAUUGAUAACUGGUCAAAGAGCCCUUGAAUUUGGAAAGGUGGCAAACCAGAAAGGAGCCAUGCUUGAUUGGGUUAAAAAGCUCAAUCAAGAGAAGAAUCUUGAACUGCUCAUAGACAAGGAUUUGAAUAACAGCUGUGAUCGAAUCGAGCUCGAAGAGAUGGUCCAGGUGGCAUUAUUGUGCACACAAUUUCUUCCCCGUCACCGUCCGAAAAUGUCUGAGGUGGUCAGGAUGCUCGAGGGUGAUGGCCUUGCUGAGCGGUGGGAGGCCUCGCAAAGAUCUGAUCCUAACCGGUUCAAGAUGCUGGAGUUGUCUUCUUCCGAACGGUUUUCCGACCUCACCGACGACUCCACUUUGCUGGUUCAGGAAAUGGAGCUCUCAGGACCGAGAUGACGAAAAGCUAGUCAUGACUGAAAUGGGGGUCUGGUGAUGUUGGAAAGGAUUGGAACAAUAGUUUUUGAUUCUGUGCAAAUAUUUCAGUUGAUGAGUGAAGAGAAGAUAGCAUAAGGAAACAUAACAUCCUUUUAAUCAAAGAAGGAAACAUAUUGAAUUAUCAUGUUGCUUGAUGCAAUUCUCCUUUACAGAAAGUAGAGAGGGCUAAGCCGCUUAGUUUGAUUAGAGAGCCUUGCAACAGAAAAUUCUUUGGAGACUGGCAUUUCAAAUUGUGAGGUUUUAUAUUAUUUAUAUGUUUGGUUUUAUGUUACUUUUUUGUUCUGAUUUCAUUUUUGGCCUCUUAAAUGUUUGAUGUGUAAUUAUCUUCUGGUUUGUGAAAAUAUUUCAUGUAAUAUCUAUAGUUUUUGUUUCAUGUUUGGGUCU